UUGUGCAGUUAGUGUAACAGCCGUCAUGAUGUAGCGCACGGAAUAACAUGGUCAUGGAUAUAUAUCAAGCUUUUGUUAUUUUUUUUUGAUGCCAUCAAAGUCAACCGGCGAUGAUGAAUGAAGCCGAACCCCGGAGGACGCUCCCUGACCAAUCAUCAGGGAGCGGGCACACAUUUGAAGGUCCUCGCCACGCAAGCGUCAUCAACCCCAUCGUAUCGAAGCGGGUCUGCUUCUACAAAAGUGGAGAUUCUCAGUUCAGUGGCCUGCGCAUGGUGGUCAACAACCGCACCUUUAAAACGUUCGACGCCCUCCUGGAUAGCCUCUCUAAAAAGGUCCCCCUACCGUUCGGGGUGCGCAACAUCACAACGCCGCGGGGAGUUCAUGGCAUCCGUACUUUAGAUGAGCUUGAAGAUGGGAAGUCCUACAUCUGCUCUGACAGCCGUAAAGUCACUCCCAUUAACAUGGCUCUGGCCCGGAGGAAGAUGCCCCCGUGGUACCAUGUCAGACCUGUCAGCGCUCGCCGCCACAAUGUGCAGCAGGCCAGGUUUUUCCCCGGCAGGAGACUUCAGGGGUACCAGUCCAUGGCCUUGCGCACUCCGAAACGGCUUGUUGUGUUUCGCAACGGUGAACCCACCGUAAAGCACUCGGUGGUGCUUCAUAAAAAGACAACACCCAGUUAUGCGUCUAUCCUGCAGUACAUCUCAGAGCUGAUGCAGGUCCAUGUGGUCAAACUGCACACUCCAGAUGGGAGACAUAUUGAUGGUCUUCCGGGCUUGAUCCUGUGCUCUGGGACCGUGGUGGCCGUAGGACGGGAGGCGUUCAGGCCUGCCCUGUACGUUGCUCAGGAAUCCCCAGCUCCAACAAAGCAGCAUGCCAACAGGACGGGUUUCAGAAGACUAAAGCCUUCCAACCGCAAAAAGAAGCUGUCACCAUUUUCUUUAAGAAACUUCUCUGCAUCAUCUGAGCGGUACAUCGUUCAUCAGAUUCAUAACACCAUUGCAGAGAGUUCAUGUGACCUGGGCAGCAACUCGGAGAAAUCAGUCGCCCUGGGUUCGAACCGCGUGCUGGAGUCCGUAGCAGAGACUGCUGGCGAUGGAGCAGACGGUCAGGACUGCUCGCUGCCCGGUGAGGACAACAUCGAGAAGUCCUUUCGGGUGAAUCAGGACGGCAGCAUGACGGUGGAGAUGAAAGUGCGGCUGACGAUUAAGGAAGAGGAAACCGUUCAGUGGACGACCACCUUGACGCGUUCAGGUGUAGCCGAUCAGCUUAACGUGACCUCUUUACCGGCGCCGGAGGCGGAGCAGGAGAUCUGCUCGGCUCAGUCAGACUCGGCCAGUUUACAGAGCCCCGCCGCAUCCAUCAAUACCAUCGACAAGGACAAGACUAAUGACAGGGAUGACGACGAUCCGCCAUCGAUGGGCAGUGGAGUUUUCAGUAAUGGUAUGAGUGAAGAAGAUGACGACAAAAUCCACACAGCUAUUGCUCCCCCUCGGAGACCCCCCACGCCAGGAGUCAAAAAAGUGAGGAAACAACAAACUUCUAUGGAAAGCAUCAAAUCUAUAACUCCAGAUGGGGUUCAGGAAGAAAUGGUGGGUUCCUACUCUUACACAGAGGAGACAGAAAGGGGAACCAUUACCCAGCGGUACUGCAUGGUGAAGGAGAACUCCACCAGACCGGUACCCAAACCAAGGAGAAUCAACUCUGUAGAUGCCAACAGUAAAAAUGUUUCUGCAUCUCAAACCCUGCAUCAGUCCAGCGAAGAGGAGAUCACCGAAACGGUCUUACACAUAUACGAGCAGCAGACCUGCCAGGACAAUUUCCUUGCAAAUGUUUGUUCACGAGGUAUGUCUGCAUCUGCCGGUGCUUUUAGUCGACCGGCCACCUCCGACUCCGGGCAGCUCUCCUCCAAUAACGAGUUUGAACCCGAGCUGUGGAGACCCUCGACCGCCUCCGAGUCUAUGAGCAUGUGGAGAACUGAGAACAUGUCGCUCACGCCGGAUUCACACUUGACAUCACUGAAGAUGAAUGCAGUUCAACGAGCGAAAACGCAACGAUUCCAAAGGAUCACGAAAGGUCGAGACAAGACCAGACAAAAAGAGGUCAGAAAAGAUGUGAGGACUUCCUCAAAACCUACAAUGACAAACAAACAUGUCCGACAGGCUGCGAUCGAACGGAAAAGCCCAAAAGAAGCAAACGAGGCACGUAAAAAGGUUAAAACCUUCUCCAGCGCUGGAUUCAUUAAGAGAAUAUAUGGAAAUAAAUUAAAGACAGCAAAAGGAAUAAAAAAGAUUAAAAAGAGACCAAAGCAAACCACAGACAGUGAUUUGGAAACAAAGAGCUCGCCUCUUUCAGAUGCUACAAUGACAACUAUCACUAAAGACUCAAACAUACCACUGAAAGAAAAGAAGAGCGCGAGAGUUUCAUUUGAAACCAGCAGGAUGGAUGUUUCUCCUAUUGAAGUGAGCCAUUCGCAAGAAGUGGUAGCACAACAGGCGCCCGUGCAUGUGGAGAAAACGAAUGAAAAGGGAUCACAAGAUAUUACCGGAAGCAUAACAUUGCCUGCUUUUAACUCCUCCAGCUCCACCACUAAACAAUAUGUAGAAAGUUGGCUGGAGAAAGCUAAUCUGAGCCCUUCAUCCUCCCCAGAAGAGAAAAAUAGAAUAUUAGAGGAAGUUGCACAGACAGAAAGUGGCAGGUGUGGAGAGCCUGAGCAGAAGCAUGAUCAUAUAAGUAAAGCACAGGAGCUCAAGUGUUCAGAGAAAACAGAGCCGUCACCGAAUAAUCUGGAUGCAACAUCUGUUAAACUGAGGGCACAGGCUUUUGAAAACAAAUCCAGUCCUUCAUUAGAGAAAGUGACAGUCACACAACAACGUGCUCAUAAUCAUACAACCACCGCCGAUACAAACAUGACAAAUACCCAGGAAUCAAAGCCUCUCUCAAACGAGAUCCCCUCUGACGCCAUCCCGCCUGAAACUGACGCCUCAACAGAAAUGGCGUCAGAUAGUGACGUGGAAAAUCCAGUCAAAAUCUGGCAAAGUGAAAAUGUAACACUGACUAACGCACCUUCAAUGGAGGCGCUGCCGCCGCCGCCACCCGAGCUCCUGAGCGCUGAGACCUGCAGCAGCGAUGUGCUGUCAGCACCCAGCAGUCCUCUGUACAGGGUUUCAUCAAUGAGCAGUCACAGAUCAGAUAACCACACAUCAUCUGUCAGUCCUGCAGCAGACAAGGCCACUUCUCCAACCAGGAACACAAUGGAAAAAACACCUACGCAGAUGGACACUACCUCCACACAGCAGGGAUCAGAAUUAUCCCGAACUCCAUCAAUUAAAAGGGCUCCUUUGGUCAGUAAUCUGUCUCUUGAAAGGAAAAUGUCUCUCAGAAAGGCUCGUAUGGAUAAAUAUACCUCAGAUAAUGAUGCCAACGCAGAGACGACCACAUUAUCCCCUUCUACCAACACUGUGGGUGAUGAAGCGUCGCCACAUGACAUCUGCUCAUCAGGGACACAACAACCACUCCAAACCCCACCAGAGGAGACGCAGGAGUCAGACCCAGCGUGCACUGCGUCAGUCGGCUCCUCAUUGUUAUCAACUAGCCUAACGUCUGAUGAGAUGGUGUCAUCAACCAGCGUUUCAUCAAGCGAAGCUUCAAUUCCAUGUAAUCUUUCAUUUAAGGAACCAGAAAUGCCUAAAAAAGACGCCCCGUCACCUAAAACCGCGGGGAAAAGAGAAAAACUAAAAAGCAGUCCAUCACCUGAGAGAAAGUUUCAAAACAAGAAGUCUCCUGCAGAACUGCAGAAUAAAUCUCCAAAAGCACCACGAGCACAGAGCCUGUCUGUGGAUAAAAAUGUUCUUACAAACACUGCCGUGCAAAAACACGUGACCCCAAACGCGAGCCCCUCCACUGAGAGAAAGCACCAUCAAUCAAAAGUAAAGCCGAGAUCCUCUCCGUAUUCUCAGUCUCUGGAUGUGACGCCACCACCUGUCAGACACAAAUCAAGCAGAAAGGAGCCGCUCUCCAGUAACCUGUCCCUAGACAGCCGUUCGGAGACAAUAAGCAGCGCACAAAAGAAAACACCAACCGAAAUAAAGCAUGAGGAAACAUCCCGGUCUGGAAACCCAGCAGCUGAACCGGCCAAGACAUUGAUCUGCGACGCUGAGACGCCUGUGGAAACUGAUCAGAAUGACAAAAAUAAAGCUUUAACAGCAGCAGGUCAGCUAGUGGCAGACAUGCAAGUAAUUAAACAUUCAACAUCAUUAAAUGCUGAAAACCAGCUGAACAUGAAACCAGUCCUGGAAGAGAUCUGUUACUCAAUCAAGGCAAUCAGACAAAUCACUCGGAGCAAACGCCCGUCGUGUCUGGAAAAGUCCAACAGCCUGCCGGACUUCUCCUCUCACGUGGCCUCAACUUUUGGUUCCUCAUCCAAAGCCCUGCUUGCUUUCCUGUCCGUCAUGACCCUAAAGGAUGGUUUGCUAAACCUCACUGUGGAUGAGCUGAAUGCAAACAACGUCAGCUGCGCGGAGGCUUUAAAAAUGAUCGAUUCGCUCAGAGAAAUCGCCAGCAUUGAGGAUUCCCACAAACUGAAAAGUAGCCUGUUGGAUUUACAGCAGUCGGCCUCAGAGCAGCUCCUGAAAAGCUGGAAGGGCUUUCAGGAGCUCGGUGACCGAUGCACGAGUCGUAGCUCAACACCCAACGCAUCAGAGCCAUCAGCUGAUGCUGAAGAAAAUGUUAUUGAUGAAAUCAUGGAGAACCUGCACCUUCCUGAGACACUCAAGGAGGAGCUGGCUUCUCUUUCAGAGACGGCAAAAAGUGAAAGUGACAAUGAAAGGAAGAUUACUGAUGAAGGUCCAGAAAACUCAAACCAUUUCGCCACUGAAGAUGCCGCUUUUCAGGAAGAUCAAACAAACACUGACGCGCGGCCCAUCGCUAAUAAAUUCACAGACAUCAGUAAGCCAAAUCAGUCUGGAAAGGUGAGUCUUGACCAGAAUACAGAAGCUGCAAAGCACAAACCAAAUGGACAGAAAGCUAAAGACAACAGCCUAAAGACAAACCCAAAAACCCCAAACCCAACGGUUGAACUCACUCCUAAACUGAUUCCCGAAGAAAGGCAGCUUUACAAUAUUCAAUCCUUUGACCUGCAGUCAUUUAGGCAUGAGGUAAAGGAAAAACAGCAGCUAAGCAACAAAGAUGAACUCCAGAACCUUGAAAAAGAGCAAAACAUUGAGGAUAGGCAGCUACGGAUGCAAAGUGGAGAAAGCCUCCCUGAAAGGGAGUUUUCCACCUAUUCAUCUGAGAAAGGACAGGCAGUGUCACGUGCUAAUACGGCUGUGAGCCAAACAGACACUAGGCACACUUCGGAGGCAGGAGAGCAGCAUAGAUUAGAAGAUAAGAAGUUAAACGUUGCACAUGACGACAUCAGACGAGAGAGCAGCAAAGGUGAAGACUUGUCCCAUCAUGAGAAUCCAUCCGAGGAGGACGUGAACAUCAGGGGGAAGCAACGUGUAUCCAAACCAAAUGGUGAAAAUAAGCAUUUGUCAGAGAAGAAGAAACCCAAAGAUGAAUGUCAGGUCUUGGAGAGGUACCACCAGAGUCAAACGUGCAAUAUGGGAGCCAAUAGCAGUACUGAUGAAAGCACAGAGACCUCAGAUGGAGACGAGGCGACUUCGGAGGAGGAAGACUCAGUGGCCGACUGUAAGAAACUCCAGGUCAUAGUCGAGGAAAGUUUGUCUGACAAUGAGCAAGAUCAGGAGGAAGAGUUCAUUCAUCUUCCCAAUCAUGCUGAUCAAGGAACAAAAAACAGGGGGUUGGCAGUGUUGAUAGAAGAGACAGAGGACGACCAGGGCAGCUCAGCAGAUGAGCGUCUUAAGUCCAAAAGUCCUCUCAGCCAAAAGGAAAAGAGCAGUUGGAUUAUAUCUGACGAUUUAGGAAAAGAUUGUGGAUUUAAUGCAGACGAUGACAGUGGGAAUGACCACAGCAGCUGUGAUGAGCAUGUAGAUGAAGACCAAAAUAAGGCUGAAGAUGAACAAAUCAGUAGCUCGGUUGAUGAAGAAUUAAGUUUCUAUGAAAAAGAUUCCACUUCAGAGGAAGAACAAGCCAAUAAGUGCAGAUACACAGAAGAAAACCAAAGGAGACAUCAGGAAGCUCCUGCGCUGGCGAUACCGCCUGAUGACGAAGAGGUUGUGGAAAAGCUCAAACAUCACCCUCAAGAAAAGAUAACCCAGUCUGUUGCGGAGAGAGUGACACUUCUGGAAAAACAGGCCGCCGAAGCUCAGAAAACCAAAAAUACAUCCACGAGUUCCAGCAUCGGACUUUUCUCCCAACGAAAGACCCCCCUCGAGUCAGAUGAGGAGGAUUCCCCUACUGGGACACCCAUGUCCGCGUUGACCUCCUGUACCCGAUCAGCUCCUCAGUCGUCUCUGUCUUUCAGCUACGACUCCAGCGGCGUCAUCACCACGGAGCCCGAGGGCAGCAGGGUCAGAUCCAUCAGGGAGAUGUUCCUGGCCAAGAGUGCCACGGAAACCCAACAGAGACGCGUCUCAAGCUCCAACUCGUCCGAGGUCAGAGCCGAGACCUCGGGCAGCGGCGGCUAUCAGUCCCAGACUUCCAGCGAACAGUCCAACGGAGAAGACGAUUCAGCGCGGAAAUCCAUCACCAAAGGCUUGGUGAGGAGAACAAUCGAACGGCUUUACGGCAAGAAAGACACAAAUGCAGAGGAACCAAGCGACAGACCACCGUCUGAGCCGAAUCAGGGAAAACAGGAGCAACCGAGCAUCUUCUCUCCCUUUCACGUGGCCCGAUCCAAAGCCCUGUCUGAAUUGUCAUACUUCAGUUCCACCAACGCACUGGAUGCCCUCACUGAGGCGGCGAGAUGCAUUGCUUUUAACGUACAAGUGGGCCCUGGAGAUGGCGUAUCUCUUGAUAACGGACAGUGGCUCAUUAGGGAGAACACCGUGAUCAGAAAAUCUGUCUCUGAUCCGGUUGGAAUAAAUAAAAGCUGCACAAGUACUCCUCUGGAUGAGGGGUUGGGUAAAGACACAGAAGGGAAUACUCCGUAUUCUCUUUUCAGCACUAAGCCAGAACCGGACGACAAAGCAGAUGCUAGGAAGUGCACGUACUUCUCCAUGCCUCACACCAGUGACUCUGAGGUCUGCCAGGACGACUGCCAGGACGGGGACAGCGUCACGGAGGCAGACGACCCCAAAACAUGGUCGGAGAAAAACGGCAUGUUUCCAGGUGUUACAGACUUGAAGAUGAUGGACAACAAAGUGCAUCCGCUGGUGGAGCAGCCGCCCGAUGGCGAGGUGGUGCUGGUGCAGCCACGGAAAGGUCACGGCAUCGUUAACAAAAGGCGCCCGGAACCCGAUGCUUUGGACUUACUGUAUAAUUUUUGUGGUGAGCACUGUCCCAUAUUGUGAAACGAUUUCCAUCAGUUUAAAAAAAAUCGAAUUUACAUGAUCAAAAACAUACGACGGAGUAAUAGGGCCAAACUAAGACAAAGAAAAAUGGAAAUUACAAG